AUGGCUCAGACGCUGCUGGAGCAGGUGGGGGCGGAGCUGCUGGACGGGGACGAAUGUCUUCUCGUCUCAGAUGUCCGAGCAUACGGAUGGUUUUGGGCCUACGGGAUAGAAGUGGAUGACAAAGUGAUCGAGAUCAACGGGGAGCGACCCACCAGCGUCGACAGUCUAUGUGCCAUGCUGCAGGAUAAGACUGCAUCCUCGCUUGACAUGACUGUCUUCGACAAGGACGGGAAACUUUCUCAGUUCCACUUUUCCAUUCCUCUGAACUCACCGGAGCUUCAUUGCCUGGGCAUGUUCAUCGAGAUCGAUCCCAGCUCGAAGCAGCACAUCGUGACCGGCAUCAUCCCUGAAAGCCCAGCAGCCCGAGGCAAAAUUCUCCUCGGCAGCUGCAUCCGAUCUAUAGACGACGAGGGCUUGUACGGCAAGAGCCUUGCCAACAUCCGUAAGUUGAUCUUCGGCAGCCAGGAAGCUCUGUGCAAGGUCUGCCAUCAGGGACCCGGAUCGCCGCGGGUCGUGGAGUCAUACAUUGAGAGAAAGCAUCAGAAGCGGGAUGGAUACAACUCAGGAGACGACUGCGAGUACGCCGACGGCUGGUCGGACAAGCAGCAUGCAGUCUCAUCGGCACUCAACAAGGUGGCGGCAUGGCAGGAGGAGCAGCUGAGUGCGAGGCAGCUGGGAGGCAAGAAGAGCGACAGAGACAUCGAAGUCCAUCAGGAACAGUUUGACUUGUCUCUGCCGUCGUCUGAUAGCUCGCGGCAGAUGCUGUUGGAUGCUUGCACAGCCAGCAAUAGGGGAAACAAGGAAUUGUUCGACGACAAGAUCGCCGACAUUCAGCCGAUGCUUGACUCCAUGACCGUGAAGGCUUCUCAAGAGAGGAGGAAAGCCGACUUCCUGCGAGACAAGCACGAGCAGCUCUCUCAGACUUUGAACUGGAUCGAGGAGGAGGUAGACAGAUUGAGCCAACCCAAAGAAUGCGUCUUGUGA